UCUCCUGCCAUCUUUGCACAUCUUCGAUCUGAAGAAACAGGCAUUGGGGAAGGGCAGGGACAGCAGGCAGGGAUGACAUGAUGUCCAUUAGAGGAGGGGCUGAGCUCAGCUUUCCAUUGAGACCAGAGCCCUUGAGGGGAGGAACUCUGUCCCUCUGGGUCACGACAGAGGUCAUAAUCUGGGGCUGGGCCUGAGUAGUGGAACAAGAUGGACCCUAAUCUCUGGCAGGGUCUGGGCAGGAGUGAGAUUGGCCCCCGUCUGAGUCAGGCCCUGAUGGGGCAGCUGCAGUACCUGCAGGCUCUCUCAGACGUCACCAGGAAGGUUUUGAGAUGUGGGUGUCCGGCGCCCAGCGCAGAGCUACCUCUAGCCCCAGGGUGUGUUCCCACCAGCUGGCCAGGGCAGGCAGCUGAUAAGCACUAGUUGGACAAGCUUUUCCAGGGGCACUGGAGACCCAGCUCAUGUGUUCAAGAAGUCACGUGCUGAUGAGAAGGCUGGGGUUCAACUUUGGGCUGAAUUUAUUCCAGGGAAACACAAUGAAAGAGCCUGGCUCUGAGGGGUGGGAGCCAUUGCAGAAGCCUGUGCUUCCCUCCACUGACUGCCAUGCACUCUGCAGUUAAGCCAGCAUUUAGCCAUGUGGUGCAAGAGGAGGGUUUGGCCCUAUCCAGCUAGAACCCAUGAGGCUCCGAUCCCAGUUACCCUACUUCUACCUAAUGUGCACUGCCCCUGGCUCCUCUGCUCCAUCAGUACAGGAAGAAUCCCUGGCAGGGGGCUGGGGCUGGGGCUGGGGCUGGGCAAGUCAAGAAGUGCUGUCUUCAGAUUUGUAAGGCAAUAACAAACCUCAUGCUGGGGCCCUAUGUAAACCUGAGCCGGUCUGUUAUCUCUGUCCCUGCCUGGUUGGGAAGGGAAACAGCUCAUUUAGAAAAACAAGUUUUGCAACUAGGAUGCCUGAGCUGGGAGUCUCCAGACAGGGAUAGAAGACAUCUCUCGACCCAGUCAAACACCAUUCCAGGACCAACACUGCCACUGGAAAUGGAUCCCCUCAGUGCCAUCGCUCUCUUCCUUGCCAUCUGCCUAUCCUGCUUUAUGCUUUUAUCGACAUGGUGGCAGAUGCAGGGACGCGGCAAGAUGCCACCGGGGCCCACGCCCCUCCCACUCAUCGGCAACCUGCUGCAGGUCGACACCAGGAAUGUGCUCAAGUCAUUCUUGAAGCUCAGUAAGAAGUAUGGCCCAGUCUACACCGUCCACCUGGGCCCACGCCGGGUUGUUGUGCUGUGUGGCUACCAGGCUGUGAAAGAAGCCCUCUUGGACCAGGGCGAGGAGUUUGGAGGCCGUGGGGAGCAGGCCACUUUUGACUGGCUCUUCCAGGGCUACGGUGUGGCCUUCACCAACGGGGAGCGGGCGAGGCAGAUGCGCCGCUUCUCCAUCAUGACCCUGCGCAACUUCGGCGUGGGCAAAAAGACCAUUGAGGAGCGGAUUCUGGAUGAAGCCCAGUACCUACUGGGGGUGCUGCGGGACACCAAAGGCCUGCCCUUUGACCUCACCUACAUCCUGAGCUGCACAGUGUCCAACGUCAUCAGCUCCAUCAUCUUCAGGGACCGCUUUGAUUACGAGGACAAGGAGUUUCACUCCCUGCUCUACAUGAUGCUCGAGAGCCUGCGCUUCACCAGCACAUCCUGGGGGCAGCUCUACGACAUGUUUCCAGGCGUCAUGAAUUACCUGCCUGGCCCCCAGCAUAAGGCCUUGCAGCUGCUGGCAGGGCUGGAAAAGUACGUGGAGAAGAAGGUGAGGGCCAAUGAGGAGACCCUGGACCCCAACUCCCCACAGGAUUUCAUUGACUGCUUCCUCAUCAAGAUGCACCAGGUGCUGUGAGGUGGAGGUGUAUCAGGACUCCUCUCUGCUGCCUGCCCUCAACAGGAAAAGCACAACCCAUCCUCUGAGUUCAUCAUGAAGAACAUCGUCCUGACGGCCGUCAACGUGUUCUUUGCUGGGACGGAGACAGUCAGCACCACCCUGCGCUACAGCUUCCUCAUCCUGCUCAAGCACCCGGAGAUCGAAGAAAAGAUCCACGCGGAGAUUGACCGGGUGAUCGGCAGGACCCGCAGUCCCCGGAUCGAGGACCGGAGCCGCAUGCCCUACACGGACGCCGUCAUCCAUGAGUGCCAGAGGUUCUGUGACAUCCUCCCCUUGGGGGUGUCCCGCCGGACAACCACGCAGACCCACUUCCGUGGCUACACCAUUCCCCAGGGCACCGAGGUGUUUGCACUGCUGGGCUCGGUGCUGAAGGACCCCGAGCACUUUGAGAGACCCGAAGCCUUCGACCCCGGGCACUUCCUGGAUGACAAGGGGCAAUUCAAGAAGAACGAGGCCUUUAUGCCCUUCUCCAUUGGGAAGCGGUUCUGUUUCGGUGAGACGCUGGCUCACAUGGAGCUCUUCCUCUUCGUCACCAGCAUCCUGCAGCACUUCCGCUUCGAGUCUCCCAUCGACCGCCAGGACCUCGACAUCUCCCCGAAGCUGUCUUGCUGUGACCUCGGGGGUCAGUCAUUGAAAUCCAUGGCCCUAGCUCAUCCAUGGGGCUGCCCCAGUGCCCAUGCCAAGAACCGCCCAACAGGGAUAUAAGGCAGCUCUCAACCCAGUCGAAUGCCGUUCCAAGACGAACACUACCAUCAACUAUGGAGCUCCUUGAUGCCGUCACCCUCUUCCUCGCCCUCUGCCUGUCCU